AUGGUGCCGCCGUAUCACCCAGGGGCUGCCUGCGCAGAGAUGAUUGAUUACGCGAGAAGGCUGUCUUCUUCCCACGAGGCCGCCCUUGGCGGACUGCGGCAGUGGUUAACGCGCGAGUCCGUGAAUCUAUCGCCGCUCCUCGGGGACGUGGGGUUGACGCUGGCGGCCAGCUGUCCUCCGGAGGAAGAAGACCUGGUGCUGCUGCGUUUUCUCCGCCACAAUGCCUGGGACGUGGAGUUGACACGGGCGCAGCUUGAGGCCAGCCUGUCGUGGAGGGUCGAAACUGGCGUCGCGAGCAACGCACGCCGAGAGCCGUGGGAGGUCAGCGGGUGCGCUAGCGCGGAAGCGUUUGAGGAGCUUUGCCGGACGCACUAUCCUCACUAUACCAUUGGAACAGACCGUGUCGGACGGCCCAUUCUCGUCCAGAAGUACGGGAACUUCGACACCUCCAAGCUCCAAGAGUUUACCACGCUUCCCGGGCUUCUUCGCUACCACGCCUGGGAGCAGGAGAACAACGCCGAUCUUUUGCGGCGAACCUCCGCGCGAACGGGCUACCUCGUCGAAACUUACGCUGUAGUCAUGGACUUCAAGGGGAUGUCCAUGGGUCAGGUCAACCGAGAUUUUCUCUGGCUCUUGCGAGAACUCUCGGAGAUGGACCGCAAGCACUACCCAGGCCGCGGCGGCGUAAUCUUCGUCAUCAACACCCCGCCCUUGUUCGGACUCGUUUGGCAGGGCAUCCGCGGCUUCUUGGCCACCCAGCUCUUUGGUCACUUUUGGGGCUUUUGUAUUCUGGCGGUCUUGGCCGAAUGAAAGUAUCACGGCCGUCCAGCCGUCGUCCCGUUUGUUGUUGGUCAAUUCCACCUUCGUUUUGUUGAACUUCUUGUGCAGCUGUAGCCGUGUUUGGAAAAAGUUCACAGUCAAUCGCCCUAUCUCGGGCCGUUGCCGUGUCGACCCUCUCCCAAGUAGUCUCUCGACAAACAUCUAUCCUACGAUUGCUUUUCGGACUUCGGCUGUACCAUUGCCCGUCGCGAACGGUAGAGCACCCACCCUCCUCGAUGAGUCAUACAACAACCAACAAUCUCACGCCGUGCCCACUUUUCUCUAUUCCAAGGUGUGUACUGUAGGGAAGGUAAAGGAGUGUACCGGGGGUAUUUUUCCGAGUAUAUCUACCCGUACCCGAUGCUUGUGUGAGUUCUGUGACACUUCCGAACCCUACCAGGCACUUUGCAUUUUUCGGUUUCUUGUGAGAGGCCAGGCACGACUGUUCUUUUCUAACCCGGCCGCUUCAAUAUCUUUGGGUGCACGGCGUGGCUCGUAGCUCUGUUGUGGGCGUGCACCUGUCUUCUGUUCGAGGCUGUUGGUUUUUUUCUUAAUGGCCCCGGUUGGCCCACUACUGUUGUAGUCACUCUAACUCGUGACCACACACGGACGCGCGAGGGCCGUGUGUAUUGAAACAAUGUUGAGAUGUAGGUGCACCGCCGGUGGCUCUUUUCUGGCGCAGCUCUGCCCCCC